AAAGACCCGCGCCGCUCCGCACGCGCUCCCUGCUCCGGGUCCCGCUCCGGGUCCUGGGAGACUCUGUGGGUUCUGGUAGUUGGUCCUGAGUUUGUGGGUUUGGUUCUGGUCUGUGACCCGGUUUCCCUCCUUUUCUCUCAGAGUCCCGGGGCAGAGAUGCCGCUCCUCCACAGGAGAGCCUUCAUCAGGCAGAAACCUCCGGCGGACCUGAGGCCGGACGAGGAGGUCUUCCUCUGUAAGAUCACCCACGAGAUCUUCAGGACCUACGAUGAGUUCUUCGAGCGCACCAUCCUGUGUAACAGCUUGGUAUGGAGCUGCGCUCUGACGGGGCGAGCGGGCCUCACCUACCUUGAGGCGGUGGAGAGCGAGCGGCGGGCGAAGCAGAGUCUGCAGAGCUUCCCUCAGUCUCUGGUGGUUCCUCUGCUCCACCUGGCGGCUCUGAGCCACCGCGGCAGACUGAGCGAGCUCUGCGAGGACGUCUACACCUUUGUGAAGGACCGCUUCUUCCCCGGGGAGACGGUGGACGUCGCGGGACGCAACGGGGCCAGACAGGUGUGUGAGAUCCUGCAGGUCCACUCUCCUCAUUCCACCGUUAAUGGAGCGCCGGCCGCCAACGGACACGCCAAACCAGCUGACGGUGACGCCAUCGUCAUUAGCGACAGCGACGAGGAGAGCAAAGACUUCCAGAGUCCCACAGCACAGAUCAACGGGAAGAAGAAGAAGUCUCUGAAUCCGUCAGUGUUUAAAUACACAGUGAGGAUGGUGAAGGGCGAGCACAGAGAGCAGUUCACUGUGAAAGCCAACCAGCUCAGCCGCAGGAAGUCCAUGGUGUCCAGAGAGAGACUGAAGCUGCUCUUUAAGCAGCACUGUGAACCUCAGAACGGGACCAUCGUGCUGAAGGCCUCCACCGUGAUGAAGUACGGUCUGUCUGAGCAAACCUUCUCUCAGUUCUUCCCCGAUGAUCCCCCCCUGUUCCCCUUCAGCCCCCCCUCUAAUGGAGGGGGGCGGGGCUCACCUGGACAGGGCUCGUCCCUGAUGAAGGCGGCAGAGAGGCUGAAGCUGCUGCAGCAGAGGGAGGAGAUGGCGUCCGCGGCUCAGGAUCGAGCUCGGCUGAAGAAGGAGAAGGAGGAGGCGCAGGAGGCCAAGAGGAGAGAGAAGGAGGACAGAGAGAAGCUGAAGGAGGAGCACAGGAAGAGGUUUGAGGAGGAGAAGCAGAAGAGGAGGGAGGAGAAGGAGCGCAUGAAGCUGGAGAAGGAGAGGGAGCGAGAGAAGCUGAAGGAGGAAAAGAAGAAAUACGCAGAACGACUGAAACUCUGGAACAAACCACGAGAGGACAUGGAGUGUGAGGACCUGAAGGAGCUGCCCAGUCCGGUUCCAGUGAGGACCCGUCUCCCAGCAGAGCUCUUUGGAGAAGCUCUGAUGGUCCUGGAGUUCCUGCGGGCCUUUGGGGAGUUCUUUGACCUGAACGACGAGUUUCCAGACGGAGUCUCUCUAGAGGUUCUAGAGGAGGCUCUGGUGAGAUCUGACCCUGAAGGUCCUCUGUGUGAGCUGCUGUUCUUCUUCAUGUCGGCCAUCUUCCAGGCUCUGGACGAGGAGCAGGAGGAGGUGGCCAAAGACCAGGUCGAAGAUCUGUCUGAGGCUCUGGAGGACGACUCUGACGCCACUCAGUCAGCUCUGAGCGCCGUGGCGUCGAUGGCGGCGGCCUGGCCUCAGCUGCAUCAGGGCUGCAGUCUGAAGCAGCUGGACCUGGACAGCUGCACGCUGUCUGAGAUUCUGAGGCUGCACAUCCUGGCGUCCGGCGCCGACUGUUACCACGGCAACGCCAAGUUCCGCUACCAGAAGCAGGGCGGGUUCUCGAUCAUGGAUGACCCGUGCGUGGAGCUGCGAUUGGCCGAGCCGGGGCUGGUGAAGAGGCUCUCCAACACGGCGGUCUACGACCUGAGUCCAGGAGAGAAGCUGAAGAUCCUCCAGGCUCUGGCCGGGAAGCUGCUGACGUUGGCGUCCAGCAGAGACCUGAUCGAAGACUGCGUGGACGAACAAAAGAGCGCCAGACAAGAACUGAGAGAGAUCCGAUCAGAGCAACACCGCCGAGAGAGGGAGGAGGCUGCUCACAGGGUUCGUCUUCGUAAGGAGGAGAAGCUGAGGGAGCAGGAGACGAGGCUGAAGCAGAAGGAGGAGAGACUGAGGGAGCAGGAGGAGAGACUGAGGGAGCAGGAGGUGAAGGAAGGAGGAGUCCAAACAAACAGGGAGAGUCCUGUUAAACAUCACACUGAGGAGGAAGAGGAGCACAGCUCUUCAUCCAGCCACAAGAACGUCAAAGCUAAACUCAACCAGAAGGAGAAGCAGACGACGACCUCUGACCCCAAGCCUCCGUCCUGCCCGCCCAGCAGCCUGAGUGCAGAGGAGCUGGAGAAGGAGCAGGAGAAGGUCCGAGAGCUGCAGGAGCGGAUCCAGAAGGCGGCGUCCCGUACCUGCCUGCUUCCUCUGGGUAGAGACCGUCUGUACCGUCGCUACUGGCUCCUCCCCUCAGCCUCCAUCCUGUUUGUGGAGGACGACUGCUUCGGCCUGACGGAGGACAUGCUGCAGCCCCGCCCACCACCUGCACAGGACGCCACCACCAAGAUGGAGGACGACGUUGUGAUGGAGGAGGAGAUGAAGGAGGAGCCCGCAGAGGGAGAUGCUGGCUCAAGCCCCGCCCCUCCUCGCACCUGUGGGCCGCCGGUCAAGAGACCCAACCAGUGGUCCUUCUACAGCUCAGUGGAGGACGUGGACCAGCUGAUCGAGGCUCUGAACCCCCGAGGUCACCGAGAGAGCAGCCUGAAGGAGGCGCUGCUGCUGGAGAGAGAGCGCCUCACACACCUGCUGCAGGGCUGUGACACCAAGAAGUACUGCCUCACGGGUGAUGCAGGAGAUCCGGAGUCGUCCCGCUCCGUCCCAGAAUGCACUGCUGCAGCUGAGAGCCUGAUGGAGGGCAGACUGAGAGACCUGCUGCUGGACAUUGAGGACCGGAUCCACCAGGGAACUCUGGGAACUCUGAAGGUGAUGGACAGACAGGUGUGGCGCUCUGCGCUGGGAACAGGAAACUACGAGCUGCUGAGUUCCGAGGGCAGAGAGAACGGAGGGAUGGACGCCAUGGAGGUGGAGCCUGCUCACCUGAAGACCAGAGACAGGCUGCAGGAGCUGAAGUCAGAGGGCGGGGCCUCGGGCAGUGGUACUCCUCAGGUGAUCAGCAGCACGGUUCGAGUUCUGGCUCAGGCGCUCGUUCACAUCGAACAUGGCAUCGAGAGACGCUUCCUCAAAGCUGCGCUGGGUGAGGAAGACUCUAAGAAAGACCAGAAGACGAAGAAGAACAAGAAGAAAGACGAGGACCUGGCUAGUGAUGAUGGCAGUGACAGUGGUCGGGUCAGUAAGACGGUGUUGGAGCGAUGGAGGGAGUCUCUGCAGUCCUCCUGCAGUCUGUCUCAGGUAUUUGUCCAUCUGUCCACACUGGAGCGCAGCAUCCUUUGGUCCCGCUCUGUGCUCAACGCCCGCUGUCGGAUCUGCAGACGCAAAGGUGACGCCGACAACAUGCUGCUGUGUGACAGCUGUGACCGAGGACACCACACCCACUGUCUGAGGCCCCGCCUUAAGUCCGUCCCAGAGGGAGACUGGUUCUGUCCAGACUGUCGACCCAAACAGAGAUCCAGCCGUGUCCCUUCCCGUCAGCGCUCUUCCAUUGAUGAGGAGGAGGAAGAGGAGGAGGAUGAAGAAGAAGAAGUAGAAGAAGAGGAGUCAGAAGAAGAGGAGGAGGAGACAGAGGAGGAGGAAGAAUCAGAGGAAGAGGAGGAAGAAGUCGUGAGCAGCACUAAGAAGAGCCCAGCCCCGCCCCCUAAAGGCAAGAACCAAGGGGCCACGCCCAAAGGUCAACAGGCCACGCCCAAGGGUCAACAGGCCACGCCCAAGGGUCAACAGGUCACGCCCAAGGGCCAACAGGCCACGCCCAAGAACAGCACAGCCUCAGCAGGGAAAAACUCUUCAGCCUCAAAACCCUCAGGGAAAAAAGCCACGCCCCCAUCUGGUAAGGCGUCUGCAGGUAAACCUCCGGCUCGCACUGGGAGCCGAGUCAGUGCCCGUCUGAGCCAGGAAACCCUGUCCCCCAACGGAACCACCAAGACCUCACCUGGGCAGAGCGAGCCACGUAAGAGACAACAAACAGAUGUGACUCCGCCUCCCAAACCCGUCCUCCCUCCUUCAUCCUCCUCCUCUUCAUCGUCCAACCGGCGCUCCUCGGGCAGGAACCACGGCGUCCACGAGCUGUCCGCCUGCGAGCAGCUGACCGUGGAGCUGGUCAGACACGAGGACAGCUGGCCCUUCAUGAAGCUGGUGUCCAGGACUCAGGUUCCUGACUACUAUGACAUCAUCCAGAAGCCGAUCGCUCUGAGCACCAUCAGAGAAAAAGUGAACAACUGUGAAUAUCAGACAGCAGGUGAGUUUGUCUCCGAUGUGGACCUGAUGUUCUCCAACUGUCUUCAGUAUAAUCCUCGUCACACUAACGAGGCGAAGGCGGGGCUCCGCCUGCAGCAGUACUUUCUCUCAGAGCUCUGCAGACUCGGCCUAUCAGAGCGAAGCCCAGCCCCCCCUGCCAAGCGCUCCCGACACUGAACCAAACGCCGCCCUCUGACCUCACUGCCGUCCUCUCUGCUGAUUGGGGGAGACCUGGCCCCUCCCCGUGGACUGACUUGGUGCUGCUCCUUCAUGACCUUUGACCCUCCGACCAAUGCCAAUCAAUCAAAUGUCCGUUUCAUCAGCAACAGCAGCUGGGGUCAAAGGUCACGAAGCUGAAAUCCUCCUCAGACUCACCUGAGACAGACCUCAUCUCACCUGGUCACAUGAUCAGCUGAUCACAUGACCUGAGGUUUCUCUGAGGUGAGUCGAUGAAGACCUGCUGACCUUCAGGGCUUUGACUUCCUGUCUGAGGGGACAGGUGUGGACAUGUAGCAGACAUUCCUGUGGUGCUGUAGGACAGUAGAGACAGACUAGAGACAGACUAGAGUCCCACAGUCUCAGCUGUGUGUUUAUUUAGAAGAGCAGAGACGUCUGCAGACCCUCGGGUCCUCCUGCUCGCUCAGGGACUGAAGUUUAGAUUUAAUGAGUUCAUGAAUAUUUUCUAUCAGCUGGUUUUACUGAAACAGAGCGUCACUGUGGACAGGUGGUCUCAGGUGACGUCAGGUAACCUCAGGCUGCAGGGUCACACUGUGGACAGGUGACCUCAGGUGGUCUCAGGCUGCAGGGUCACACUGUGGACAGGUGACCUCAGGUGGUCUGAGGCUGCAGGGUCACACUGUGGACAGGUGACCUCAGGUGGUCCCAGGUGGUCUCAGGCUGCAGGGUCACACUGUGGAAAGGUGGUCUCAGGCUGCAGGGUCACACUGUGGACAGGUGGUCCCAGGUUGUCUCAGGCUGCAGGGUCACACUGGACAGGUGACCUCAGGUGACCUCAGGCUGCAGGGUCAUACUGUGGACAUGUGACCUCAGGGGACCUCAGGCUGCAGGGUCACACUGUGGACAGGGGACCUCAGGUGACCUCAGGCUGCAGGGUCAUACUGGGGAAAUGUGACCUCAGGCUGCAGGGUCAUACUGUGGAAAUCUGACCUCAGGGGACCUCAGGUGACCUCCGGCUGCAGGGUCACACUGUGGACAGGGGACCUCAGGUGUUCUCAGGCUGCAGGAUCACACUGUGGACAGGUGGUCUCAGGUGGUCCCUGGCUGCAGGGUCACACUGUGGACAGGGGACCUCAGGUGUUCUCAGGCUGCAGGAUCACACUGUGAACAGGUGGUCUCAGGUGGUCCCUGACUGCAGGGUCACACUGUGGACAGGUCGUCUCAGGUUCCCAUGAAGACUUUAGAGUUCAGUUCCUCUUCCUCGUGUUUAAACCAGCAGCUCUUUAAGGGUCAAAGUUCAGUCAUGACUUCAUCCUGUUAUCACACGACCAAAGUCCUCACCUGCACCACACCUGAGCACAGCCAGCAGCAGGACCAGGAUCUGAACCGGUUUGUUAACGCUCAGACAAACAUUCAGGUCUGAUGUGGACCCUUUGGACCGGUUUGAACUGGACUCUAAAUGUGUUGUAAAUAGUCUUUUUCAGGUUCAUUGUAGUUUGAAGUCUUCUUGUAGACCUCCUCCUGGUUUACCUUUCACUGAGUCACUGACCUGAGAUCAGCCGUUCUCACAUCCUGAUAAACUUUGAACUUCAGACUACAAACUGUUAAUGAGGUUAACUCCUCCCCCUUGCCUGGCCCCGCCUCCUGACAGCAUUUCCUCAGUCAGUGUUUAAACAGGUAGAAAAUAACACGCUGAACACGAACACACCAAACUCAAUCAAAUCCAUAAACCAGCUCAGGUCAGCCGGGUCAGGUCUGAGGUUAGUGUAAACACUGAGAGGGUCACCUGACGUGCUCAGGUGACCUCAGUCUGAUCUUUAAAAAUAUAACUGAUGAAAGAAAAGGCGACUCAACACUGAUCCUUUACCCUCAGGUGUAUCCUCAGGUGGAUCCUCAGGUGUACCCUCAGGUGUAUCCUCAGGUGUACGCUCAGCAGCCUGCCUGCGUUUACAGAUUCGUAUCGGCAACUUAACGAUAUAAAUUAGGACAUAUUUUGAAAAUGUGUAACUGUCCCUUUAAGAACCUGAGACACUGUGGCCUCUGGAUUUGUAGUUUUUUGUUUUUUGACUACUGCCAUGUUUUCCUGCUUUAGGUUGUUUUGUUCCGUUCUUCUUCUGUGGUAUUAGCCUGCAGACAGUCUGUGUGUGAGUGUGUGUGUGUGUGUGUGUGUGGACAGAGGUCAGCUGUAGACACUACACUGGAGCAGCCUCUGCCUCUGUUGCAUAUUUAUUUAGUUCUGUCUCUGUUGUCUUUAUUUAUGACUGAUAGACGUCCUCCUCGUCCCCCUCGUCCUCCUCCUCUUCCUCUAACGUGUUUGUUGUUGUUUUUGUUCUGAUGUAAAAAUAAAUUACUUUUUAUAACCA